GAGAUUACAGCAUAUAAACAAAGAGGAAAGUACUUUAGUUUGUUUGCAACUAUAGUGGCAUUUAACAAAAGCCUACGACACGUGGGAACUGUUCCACUUACUUGGACCUCUCACGGUCGAUGUUUGGAAGAGAAGGCUAUACUUUGCUAUGCAAUCUUUUCA